AUGACCUCCAUUAACCAUUAUAAUAACUUGUGCCUUGUCACCCUUCCCUUCCCUUCUUCCACCUCUUGCCACUGCCCUGACCAUACUUUCCUCGGCUUCAACUCUGAAUCAAAAGGCUACGACGGCUCUGGCAUUGUGUACUCUGACCUGGAUAGGCUGUGUGACGGGGUGGUGGCGUUUUUGAGUGGUGUUCUCAGUAACAUCAAAGAGCAUUUAGGGCAGCAUAAAGAGACAAUUACCGAUGCAAUUAAGAUACUUAACGAGAAAAAACACGCCGGUAAAAAAGGUUUUAGUGUUGCGAUUGCGGAGGUGGUCGAAGGGGUGGGGAGGUAUAAUAAGGCAGUGGAGCAGUCUAAUAAAAAGGUGAGUGAAAAACUUAAUAGCUUUACAGGUGAAUUAACGCUUCUUAAAGAAGCUUCAGACAAGAUCCUACGAGAGCAUGAUGAUUCACGUCAGAAGAUAAAUUACAAGGACCAGCAAGUUGAAGAUGCCACGAAGCAAAUUGACGCGAAGCUGAAAGAAUUUCAGCAAAGAGCUGAACAGUUCACUAGUGACAUAGAUACCACUGUAGCUGAUAAUGAACUCAAAAAAUCAAUUGUAGAGCUUAAUGAUAAGUUGCGUGAUAAGCUUGACAAUGUUCGUGCGACCGUUGCGUAUGAGAGCGAGCGGCUGGAGACGGUGCGUGCCAAACAGCAGAGUGAGUUGGAUACAACUAAACAGUACAUUAGUCAAACACUCAGCAGUUUACAGGUGAAUGUAGAGUGUAACAUACAAGAUCAGGUUAGAGCCUUGCUGGACUACCUGACUAAGGAAGUCCGACCGAUAUUGGCCAAACUGAAACAAAUCAAUAAUUCACUUCAAAUUUGCCUCAAGCAUUUGGGGCAAUGGAUCGACAAUGCGAAGGAUGCCAUCACGACAGCAGAGACGCAGGUGAAUAAAAUAUUGGAGUGUAUCGACGAAGGCUCUUUAUAUAAAUAUCCUAACCAAAUCACGCAAGCGGCCCAGCAGAUCGAAGCGUCGACAAGCAUACUACACGGAAAAUUUGAGGAGUUGAGAAACCAAUAUAAUGCAGUAGUUACGAAGGUUAAGGGACCGGAGGGAGAUGGGAAAGGAGAAUGCGCGGUGAAGAAGCUAAAAGAGCUGGAGGAAAACAUGAUUGUGCCACAUCAGUUUAGUGUGUUCAACCAAACAAGUGGUGAAUGGGAUGUGUCUACGGUGAUUAAGCCACUUAUUGAAAAAAUUAAAAAAAACGUUGGGAAUUACCUGGAACAUUUGAAGGAGGCGUUAGUGGCGGGUAUGACAGCGCAGAAUGGGCUUGUUGUGACAUCAAAAAAAACACCUGGUUUGGAUGCCAUGAUAAAAAAGCUUGGUGAGAACAAUUUGAAAAAUAAAUUGGGAACGUUUGGAGUGUUGUUUACCACGGCACAAAUAGCAAAUGAAGCAGGCAACCUUGGAUAUUGUUUUGAGAUUGUCUUAAACUAUCUAAAUUCAAUAACGACAAUGAGCAAUUCAGGUUGGAAUACAUUUGCAGGCAGAGCCGGUACUACAUUGAAAUCAUCGAUGCAAGAGAAGGCCGCGGGCAUAGAACCAGAUAUCGGCACUCUUUGUAAUGCUGCCGCAAUUACCGGUGCAGCAAAACUGCAGAAGGAGGUUACUGUUAUCGUUGAGAAGUAUCUUGACGUAAUUAAUAAAUUGGACGGCACCCUGGAAGGCAACGCAGAGGUUGAGAAAGUCGCGCUGCAAACACAUGCUCAAGAUGUAAUGAACAAGAUAAAAAGUCUGUGCAAAGAUAUCAGGAACGUUACCAGUGAGGACCCCGAUAGCGCGAAAGCAAAAUUAUUUGAACUGAAAACGAAGUACUUUGCGGAUUCCGAGCUUGCCACAAACAGCAUCAAUAAGAUUCAUAGCGAGCUGGGUCAUUUGCGAAGUGAUCUAGAGUCCGGCCCUAUCAAAGCCGUUGAAAAAUUCCUUAAAGAUGCCGAAGUUACUGAAAAGCACUACGUUCAAGCUAUGCAACGUUACCUCAAGACACAAGUGAACGUGGCCGAAACAGCCCUGACAACCCACGCCCGCAGACGGUACGUUGACUCCAUAAAAUGGCUACUGGAGCAGUUUGUGGAGAAAGUAAAGCUGGAGUUGUCAGAAUUACCAACGCAAAUCGAACACGACCAGCACAUCGGCCUGAAGGGGUUCAUGGAGGCGUUCAACGGCAACGACUCCGGCGACAACGUGAACAGGCUUCUUAGUAACUCCGACAUUCCAACUCUGUGCCGUAGCCUAGAGACAUUCUUCGCACCAGUUAAAUCGUACAUCGACAGCGAGAUCAACCGGCUUGACGAGGAGGAACAUAAGAAGCAUCCCUCACUCCCCAGGUCCCAGGAUCCGUAUACCUCUAAACUCACCAAACUCUAUGCCGCCCUUAGCGGACUGAUCAGCCAUGUUUACACCUCCAACAAAUACGACCGCGAUCUCCCUACCAAGCUCGACGAUCUCACCGCCGCCGUUGCCGACUUGACAACGGACGGCUUCCCCAACCCGGUCACUGCCAUGCUGCAAGGUGUCUCCGGUGGCUGCCGGGAGUUGGUCGGCGCGCUGGGCAAGGUGUAUAUCUCGAGGUAUGAUGGCGCAAAUGUUAGGUGGGAGCACGAUGAGAAGGCUGUAAACAAUUGCGCAAAAGCGUUUUUGACCAUCGGGCCGGCAUACUUCCACGGUCUCCACCAUCUGUUCUACAAGGGCGCUACGGAGUGGACGGAUUACAAAGUUACCGGCAACGCAAAAAGUGCCCGAAAGGCGGAUGAAUUGAAAAAGUAUUUGCAGGAGGAGGGGUAUGACAUCGAUCAGCUGAAGGAUCAAACCGGUAAGGAAGUCGCCCUCAGAAUGAGCAGAGGAUUCGCUCGUUACCAAUCUUUCAACGAGAACCCAGAAAACUUGGGAACCUACAAAGAAUACCUGGCGCAUUACAGAAAAUACGAAGGUCUACUGUCGAGACUGUUCUAUUACCUGGACGCCUACAAUCACGUCGGUCACCUCGUUGUUCAUCCUAGACCUCGGCAUCCCUCUUCCGUGUUCGACAUAUUGCUUUGGCUCAACGGGCUUCCGUAUAACCCGGUGUAUCACGCAUUAUCCUACGACGGUUUCAGUGGCCUCUUCGAGAAGGAGGAAAAGAUAGGCGACGCCACCGCCGACGAUGACGGUCCGACUUUCGAAGGUGAGGAAGCAGACACCCUGCCAGCCUACCCGAAGGACAUCACAGCCGCGUCGCUGGCCGACAAACUCACCGAAGUCACCACCUACGCAGAAGACGUUUUGCUAUCCAUCCUCGGCUACGGGCAUAAUGACGGUAUUUACGCCUGCGAUUUCUACACCAACGCGGGCAAGUUGGCAUAUCCGUCCAGCGCAGCUAAGUGUCUAGAUGUAUUGGUGGAACUGUUGUACAGACUGUUCCAUCAGUUGCGCUUCCUGUACGAGCAGUGCAGUAAUUCGACGCAAUACAGCGGAUGGGCGGAGUGUUGGUAUGGGCAAGGUGUUGGCGGCUCAAGUUGGAAGUGCAAUGAGAAGCAGUGUGCUGACCAAAACUGCAAGCAAAUAGCUGACCAAACAGCUAACCAAACGUGCAAGCAACACCCUAAGUGCGGUGUUAAGUCACCGUUACAAUUCUUUUUGGAGGAUGGUCUUCCCGGUUUCCUUCCUCAUCCGUAUAACAAGGCUGACUGCAAGCUGUCAUGUUCAGCACCAAACCAUUUCGGCAAGCCUUGCAAAACGCCAAUGGGAUUUGCCGACAUCAGCAUCACGGCGUCGCAUACAAGCAAGGGUUCGAGACUGUACAAAGUACUGAAGGAGUUCUGUGGCACUCCGUCCUCACCACUCACUGUACUCUGCUCCUCUCUAGUAUGCGUACUAGGUAGACCGCCGCAGACUCUGGGUGACAUGUUUGCGUUUUAUCACCUGUUUAUAACAACGUGGAAUGACGGUGGUAAGAAGCACAAGAAAGAGGCUUUUGACGAAGCAGUGACCAAAGCCAAUCUGCAACGCCCAUAUGACGAGUUGAAUGUCGCUUCUGUAUUUAACUCUAGUCACUCUGGGAAAUCAAAGACGCAUACAUCAGGUGACCUUAUCAGCCUCGUAUGUAGCUCUAAAACAGCGGCCACGUGCGGUAAAUACUUGAGUCCCUUGAGUAAUGAUAUCAGUGCCACAUUCUCGUUUAAGCACGCUGAUAAAUACGUUUCGUGGAUGGUGUAUCUGACAGAGACUUUCUACAUCUUGCUUCAAAAAAUGUAUGAGGAAUGCAACUCUAAAUGUGGCGGUGCCACGCCUAAAUGCCGUGUCGCUAAAUGUCCGAAGAAAUGUAAGGCAAACGAGAAAUCGCCAGGAUCUACGCAUCACUCGUUGUGUGAUUCCAUAAUAAACUGCCCAUCUACAUCGUCGGUUUUGUGCACAUACGGAUUCACUUUAGUGGACCGCAAGAAGCUGAGUGGAACCGAUGAUGUGGACUACAAGAGGACGUGUAACGAUUUGUGCAACGCAUUAAAGAAAGUUCUCGACGGAGAAUCCGUAUUGAUGCAACUGUUCCACUCUAUUGACAAAUUCAUAUACACAAUCCGUUUCCCCUUCAUGACACUAACCCUCGCACUCUGGCUCCUCUCCUUCCUCUACCUCCUCCACAUCAUGGUCAUCCGCCUCGACCUCCUCCACAUCAAAUCGCAUCUACAUAGUCCCUCGAGUCAUAGGAUAGCCGCUCAAUCACUCCUCGCCGCCGCACGUGUCAACAAGCUUAACAGGGUGUUUUACCUGCAACCGUAA